AAUCGCCGAGGUCACGGCCUGAUUCUUGCUUAUUCUUGCUGGCGGCACGGAGGUCAAAGCAAUCCGCGACAAUACUAGCUGCAGCCGUUGUUUUGAAGUACACCUGUUUAUUUUUUACUACGACUUCGGUUUUUAAUAAUUGAAGACAUCAUCGAACUUCAAUGUCAGAUUUCGACCACAACCCGUUCGCGGACCCUGAAUUCAAUAACCCUUUUCAGGUAGGUGAAAUACUCACCGGUCUGUCAUUUGGCUAUGCUAAUUGUUUAGCCUGAUUAUGAUAGCUAGCUAGCUAUAUAAGCUCUAUUGAAUUCAAUUUAGCUUGCUAAGCUAAGCUAAAUAGCUUUCUAGCGAUAGCAGUGUCACGUCGUUUCCCCUGGCAUGACACUGACAGCACAGCAGCAGUAACGUCAGCUAGCUAGCUGCAACACUUUAUAGCAAACGUUUAACAUUAGCCUAAGUCGAAAAUAUAUUGUCAUCUUCAACCUAGACGUUAACAGUAGCUAGCAAUUCGUUCUUUUGAACAAAGAUAAAGUUGUAUCAGGCAAUUAUUUACAAACGAUAUUAGCUAGUACAGUAAGCUAGCUAGUUAGAUGAUUUAGCGUAUUCUUGUAAUGUGUGAUGUUAUCGGUGUCAGUAUGCUGGCUGCUACAUCUAGCUAGCUAACGUUAACUAGCUUAAGACUUGCCACCCAUCUAUUGUGGUGCGUCUUCUCCUGAAGUGUUUAGCUCUGCUAGACAGGUAGCGUAUAUGGUCUGACGUCACACACACACUUAGUUCUGUUCUGUGGCCUCAUCUCAUGAUGAUUCAUUAAAUACUUGUGAGUUAUUCAUUGAGGACAACUCAUUGAUGUUGGUAGGCAGCCAGCCUACUAGUGUCUAACGUUACACAUGACAGCAGUGUUACAGACAUGGUGGACAUGACAGCAGUGGUACAGACUUCAUCAGGCAAAAGUGUUACUUGGAUUAGACUGUGUGUAGCAUUAACAAUUUUUUAUGUUAUGGGAAACAAUGUACCUUUUAUAUAUGUCCAAAAUACGCCCUUUCACAACUGACACAAUGUAGGUUAAUCUUCAAUGGCCACACGCUGAUGUUUACUAAUGUAAAGUCUGCAGAGUUGAAGUCUGAGCACAACCCACAUGCUAUGGAAACGUGUGUGUGAUGUAUUUAGAAGAAGAGGGGGUGAAUGGGAGCACUGUGGGGGCGCCUUUUGUUGUCAGUGAUUCUGGGAAUGAUAAUCCCACUCUUUGGGGGUAUCCAUCGGCUCAGCUAGCUUUGGACACAACAUUGGGAGUGUGUAUUGGUUGGACUCCCUGAGUUGGGCAUCGUUCUGGUGGUUGGCGACAGACAAUAACCAUACCACAAUAUAACUGACUUCACCAAAAAAAAACGUUUCCUGUCAACAAAAGCAUAUGUAUAAAUUCUAGGAACUCUACUUAUCAGACUUAAAGUGAAAUGUGUCCCUCACUAUCAAAUAAACAUCUGAAUCCAACUUUUGUCCAAAACGCACCAUAUUCCUGCUGUGUAAACAGUGGUAGAUUUUGUGCUAGGAAGUCUCACAUGAAGUGCGUGGUCUAAUGGCAGCCCGCUGUCUAACUUGGUAUGAAUAUGGUGCGAUUCGGACAAAAGUUGGAUUCUAAUGUUUAUUUGAUAGCUAGGGACACAGUUCACUUCAUGUCUGGUAAGUAUAGUUCCUAGAGAUUAUACAUAUGCUUUUGUUGACAGGACAUGUUAUUUUGGUGAAGCCAGCUAUAUUGUGGUAUGGUUAUUUUCCGUCGCCAACCACCAGAAUGAUGUACAACUCAGGGAGUCCAACCAAUAGACUCCCAAUGUUGUGUCCCAAAGAUAGCUCAACUGUUGACUUGGAAUUCAAUCACCACAUUGUGAUUGACUGGUGGAAUACUCUAUUCCAGCCAAUAGUUUGUCGUUUUAUCAAAACAACAUGAUAUGAUGGAUGCCUACAGUCAUUUGAUGUGCUGCUGUGCUGUCAUAAUGUCACAUCAUAUUCUGUGACCCCACCACAUUUGCUUUCCAGGAAUUCUGCAUUGAUACCUGCUACUGUGGUGGUUGUAAGAUGAGAUGUUGCAUUGCUUUCAUUAUGAUAAUGGUAGCUUAUUACUUAGAUCUGUAGACUGUCUUUGUAGAAGUGUCUCACCAGGGAGAAACUGGGUAUUUGAUCCUCACAGCACAUCUUACUCUAUUUGCUUGGUAAACAGGACCUGCUUUAUAUUGUUUGCUUAGGCUGCUUCCUAGCUAAGUAAAACUCAACUCCAUGAUGUAGCCAACUUCAUAUCAACGGAGUUGAGCGGCGACUAGUGUGGGCGGACUGGAGCUCGCGACAUCUCAUAAGGACAUUUACCCGUGUAAUUGCGUGCUAUUCUUUGGGUGCUGAAAUCUGUAGUUUUUGAUAAAAACUUCAUUUUAUGUGACGUUGCGCGCUCCAGUCCGCCCACACUAGGGUGCCGCUCAACUCCGUUGAUGAGAAGUAGGCCUGCAUCGCGGAGUUGAGUUUUACUUGGUUAGGUUACUUCCCAGGCUAGUUGUUGUACCUUGUUUUAGACACAAACCUCUUUCUUCCUUCCUUCUUUUAUCACUUUCUCUCUCGCUCUCUUUCUCUCUCUUUCAAUUAAAUUAUAGUUUACUCACUGCCACGGUUGCUUGCUCUGACGCGCGCGCACACACACACACUUACUUGCCCUUUGUGGUCCUUUAAUCAUUGCUUUGUCACUCCUUGAAGCAGCAGAGUUGCCCUCAUUAAAUUCUGUCCCCUCCUUGUUGUUUGGAUGAUGUGGCUUCGGCUGUAGGUUGAUGCUUAGGCCUAUGUAUAAGGAUAAUUGAUCGUAAGCAUGGUUUUAUUGUUAGUGAAGGAAUGAAUGGUGUACUUCCCACAGCUAACUGUGCUCUAUAGAAAUGUGUGUGUAACUCAACACGAGUUGUGGAGUGGUGUGCUGACCACAGCGCCACAUAAACAGUCUUAUUUAUUGGGCUAUACACGAUUAGGCCCUCUAUGCAUUUCUCUGCUCUCACAUAUUGCUGCAGAUUGUGGACCCCAGGAAGAGUAGCUGCUGCUAUUGCAACAGCUAAUGGGGAUCCGAAUGAAGGAAGAAAAAAAAAAUAUAUAUAUAUAUCUGUGGGUGUAUGUACAGUGGGGAGAACAAGUAUUUGAUACACUGCCGAUUUUGCAGGUUUUCCUACUUACAAAGCAUGUAGAGGUCUGUACUUUUUAUCAUAGGUACACUUCAACUGUGAGAGACGGAAUCUAAAACAAAAAUCCAGAAAAUCACAUUGUAUGAUUUUUAAGUAAUUCAUUUGCAUUUUAUUGCAUGACAUAAGUAUUUGAUACAUCAGAAAAGCAGAACUUAAUAUUUGGUACAGAAACCUUUGUUUGCAAUUACAGAGAUCAUACGUUUCCUGUAGGUCUUGACCAGGUUUGCACACACUGCAGCAGGGAUUUUGACCCACUCCUCCAUACAGACCUUCUCCAGAUCCUUCAGGUUUCGGGGCUGUCGCUGGGCAAUAUGGACUUUCAGCUCCCUCCAAAAAGUUUCUAUUGGGUUCAGGUCUGGAAACUGGCUAGGCCACUCCAGAACCUUGAGAUGCUUCUUACGGAGCCACUCCUUAGUUGCCCUGGCUGUGUGUUUCGGGUCGUUGUCAUGCUGAAAGACCCAGCCACGACCCAUCUUCAAUGCUCUUACUGAGGGAAAGAGGUUGUUGGCCAAGAUCUCGCGAUACAUGGCCCCAUCCAUCCUCCCCUCAAUACGGUGCAGUCGUCCUGUCCCCUUUGCAGAAAAGCAUCCCCAAAGAAUGAUGUUUCCAUCUCCAUGCUUCAUGGUUGGGAUGGUGUUCUUGGGGUUGUACUCAUCCUUCUUCCUCCAAACACGGAGAGUGGAGUUUAGACCAAAAAGCUCUAUUUUUGUCUCAUCAGACCACAUGAUCUUCUCCCAUUCCUCCUCUGGAUCAUCCAGAUGGUAAUUGGCAAUCUUCAGACGGGCCUGGACAUGCGCUGGCUUGAGCAGGGGGACCUUGCGUGUGCUGCAGGAUUUUAAUCCAUGAAGGCGUAGUGUGUUACUAAUGGUUUUCUUUGAGACUGUGGUCCCAGCUCUCUUCAGGUCAUUAACCAGGUCCUGCCAUGUAGUUCUGGGCUGAUCCCUCACCUUCCUCAUGAUCAUUGAUGCCCCACGAGGUGAGAUCUUGCAUGGAGCCCCAGACCGAGGGUGAUUGACCGUCAUCUUGAACUUCUUCCAUUUUCUAAUAAUUGCGCCAACAGUUGUUGCCUUCUCACCAAGCUGCUUGCCUAUUGUCCUGUAGCCCAUCCCAGCCAUCCCAGCAGGUCUACAAUUUUAUCCCUGAUGUCCUUACACAGCUCUCUGGUCUUGGCCAUUGUGGAGAGGUUGGAGUCUGUUUGAUUGAGUGUGUGGACAGGUGUCUUUUAUACAGAUAACGAGUUCAAACAGGUGCAGUUAAUACAGGUAAUGAGUGGAGAACAGGAGGGCUUCGUAAAGAAAAACUAACAGGUCUGUGAGAGCCGGAAUUCUUACUGGUUGGUAGGUGAUCAAAUACUUAUGUCAUGCAAUAAAAUGCAAAUUAAUUACUUAAAAAUCAUACAAUGUGAUUUUCUGGAUUUUAGUUUUAGAUUCCGUCUCUCACAGUUGAAGUGUACCUAUGAUAAAAAUUACAGACCUCUACAUGCUUUGUAAGUAGGAAAACCUGCAAAAUCGGCAGUGUAUCAAAUACUUGUUCUCCCCACUGUAUGUAUGUACACUACCGUUCAAAAGUUUGGGGUCACUUAGAAAUGUCCUUGUUUUCGAAAGAAAAGCAACUUUUUUGUCCAUUAAAUUAACAUCAAAUUGAUCAGAAAUACAGUGUAGACAUUGUUAAUGUUGUAAAUGGCUAUUGUAGCUGGAAACUGCAGAUUUUUUAUGGAAUAUCUACAUAGGCGUACAGUGCGAUUAUUCGCAUAUGGAAGAAACACAAAAUAACUGUCAAUCUCCCUCGGCCUGGGGCUCCAUGCAAGAUCUCACCUCGUGGAGUUGCAAUGAUCAUGAGAACGGUGAGGAAUCAGCCCAGAACUACACAGGAGGAUCUUGUCAAUGAUCUCAAGGCAGCUGGGACCAUAGUCACCAAGAAAACAUAAUAUCCAUCAGACCAGAGGACAUUUCUCCAAACAGUACAAUCUUUGUCCCCAUGUGCAGUUGCAAACCGUAUUCUGGCUUUUUAAUGGCGGUUUUGGAGCAGUGGCUUCUUCCUUGCUGAGCGGCCUUUCAGGUUAUGUCGAUAUAGGACUCGUUUUACUGUGGAUAUAGAUGCUUUUGUACCCGUUUCCUCCAGCAUCUUCACAAGGUCCUUUGUUGUUCUGGGAUUGAUUUGCACUUUUCGCACCAAAAUACGUAAAUCUCUAGGAGACAGAACGCGUCUCCUUCCUGAGCGGUAUGACGGCUGCGUGGUCCCAUGGUGUUUAUAGUUGCGUACUAUUGUUUAUACAGAUGAACGUGGUACCUUCAGGCGUUUGGAAAUUGCUCCCAAGGAUGAACCAGACUUGUGGAGGUCUAGAGUUUUAUUUCUGAGGUCUUGGCUGAUUUCUUUUGAUUUUCCCAUGAUGUCAAGCAAAGAGGCACUGAGUUUGAAGGUAGGUCUUGAAAUACAUCCACAGGUACACCUCCAAUUGAGUCAAAUUAUGUCAAUUAGCCUAUCAGAAGCUUCUAAAGCCAUGACAUCAUUUUCUGGAAUUUUCCAAGCUGUUAAAGGCACAGUCAACUUAGUGUAUGUAAACCUCUGACCCACUGGAAUUGUGAUACAAAUUAUUUCACUUAUAAUUCACUGUAUGUAAACAAUUGUAUGAAAAAUUACUUGUGUCAUGCACAAAGUAGAUGUCCUAACCGACUUGCCAAAACUAUAGUUUAUUAACAAGACAUUUGUGGAGUGGUUGAAAAUCAAGUUUUAAUGACUCCAACCUAAGUGUAUGUAAACUUCCGACUUCAACUGUGUGUGUGUGUAUAUAUAUCUCAGAAGAAUCCGAUGUGUGUGAACAUACAGGAUUGGUCAUAUUUCAGAGCUGGAAGUCUGUAGUGAUUCCAUCUAAUGUGCUCCCAUCUGAAGUGCUCCCAUCUGUCACUUGAAUUGAGACAUGGGUGCCUGCCUCACCCCGGCCUGAAGUGUUCCCAUCUGUCACUUGAAUUGGGACAUGGGUGCCUGCCUCACCCCGGCCUGAAGUGUUCCCAUCUGUCACUUGAAUUGGGACAUGGGUGCCUGCCUCACCCCGGCCCUGAAGUGUUCCCAUCUGUCACUUGAAUUGGGACAUGGGUGCCUGCCUCACCCCGGUCCUAGUGGGCCGCUGUCCUGUUGUGUUUGGCUCCUCCCUGUCACUUAAUGGAUCAAUAAAUCACAUAUUGCACAGAGUUUACAGCACACACCUAGUUUCUCUGAAAAGUGAUUAAAAGGCAUGGAUGAAAACCAGCAGGGACUGCAGUCUUCAAUGACCGGAUCUGUGCACCUCAGAAUUAGGCCUAGGCUAACUUAUUAGAACAUAGAAUUUGUAAGACCACUGUCAGUAAUGGCAUUGUUAGUUGACUCCCCAUUUCAGCCCGUUUUAGCCUUGAAGCCAGUAGCCUAGUGAUUAAUUCCAUGCAACUCCGGGAUCUCUUCAAUAGUUCAUGAAAUCAUAUGGUGCUGUCAUGGCGACAGCUGGUACUUAGGGUAUUUUUGACUGCUUUCCCCAGACUUGUUUCCUGCUCUUUCAUGGUAGUGUCUCUUAUCAAAUCAAUUGCCUUCAUAAAAACCUAUCUACCAAACAAACAGCUGAUGAAGAAGUCGUCGUUGCGGUGUCUGUGUCACAGUGAGAUCGGUGUAGAGAAGGAGAACUUAUAGCCUAUCUGACACACACCCACGUGUUUGUGUGUAAAUGUUGUGCGUGUCAACGUUGUCUGUCAGCGUCGUUGUUGCUGUGGCAGUAGUGACGGCGUGUACGGCUGCUUUCUCUCUCAGUGAGACGCUCUCAGUAGGAGAGGAAUACUUCAGCUUCAAGUGGAGCUAUGUUAGAGGCCCAUCAUUUCUAAUAUUAACUGAGAUGGUUUUGUUGUGUUUCACAUAGAUUCAACAGGUUGGCCCGAUCUAGGCUAUGUUGUACUGUAGGCUAAGCAGUAGCCUAUCCUGUAGUUUUGAAGUUCCAUGGGGUGUGCUGGUACUUAAGCGCUGUGUGUAUCUGGCUGUGCGUCAGGACCAUAUUAAAGAUUCAUCACGAUACACCCUGAAAUAUUGAUGACCUGCCUGUGGUCGGGAAAAGGAGCAGCCUGCCUCUGUUAAACACAGACAUGAGACUCAAUCAGAACAGAGGAGGAGGGUUAGACUUGGACAGAUUGACUGAUACUGGACUGUACCGGCUAUAAACUGGCUAUACUGGAAUGCACUAGUCUGUAGCAGUCUAUACUGGACUGGACUGCACUGGAUUUAUUGGCUAGGCCAUCUUGGACUGCACUGAACCUGAGUAUCAUCUGAAUUUAUGCUGCAUGAGUGAAACUUCUUGUCGUUGUGUGCUGGCUACCUAAAAUGCACCCUACACACGCAUGCAUCCAUGUGCACAGUACACACACACACAGCGAUGAUAUAGCCUACACCAAGGCACACCUUAUUCUCUGUUUCAGAGCUGACGGCAGCACACACCUGUGGACACAGUGGACACACACUAGUUAAACAAUGCGCCAGUCCUGGGAGGUGCCCCUAUAGGCCUACUUUUAGCACUUGGCAAAUAGCCUACCUGUAGCCUCCCGGAUUUACAAGGAGACUGGAGAAAAAGUAGGCCUAUGAAACUGAGAUUUUAACUGACUGAUACCAACCUGGAAUCUGCAUAGCCUAAACUAAAGGUUGAUGAAAUAUAAUGAUUAGCCUAGACUGUGUAUCUUUGUGUGUCUACACACAGCAUGACCACAGCAGUACCCAGAGCCCUUUCCUGUUCCAGUCCUUUUUCUUAGCAGAGGAAGGCGUUCUCUUCUCUCCUCUAACUAGUGGGCUCUGCCAUAUUUAUAGCUGUCUGUGGUGGGGAAAAUGAUUGGAAUCAUCCCGUCUUUGCCAGUUUUGGAUUAUAACCCUGGGUUGACAGUGAAGGGUAGCCUGUUGUUGGGGGUCGGUCUGUCUGCAGCCUUAGAACUGGAGGAAUUCUCUUCUUCAGAUGAAAAGGAAGUUCUGUUUGUCUGAGUUCAUAUUGACUUUUGAAAACCCGAGGCCAGGUUAGGUAGAUGAGGCUGGUGGUGGUGGUGGUGCUCUUGAUUUGUAAGCAGACAUCAUAGUAAACUUAGGCUAGGCUAGCAUCCACUACAGAUGAUCCAUUCACGUCACACAGGAGUGGCUUCAGAGUUCAGUCAUCACACCAUGGCAAUGCAGCAGAUAUAGGCUUGAUUUACUACAUGGGAGUGCAGCCUGUUGACUCCCUCACUGCUCCUGGUGAUAUACUGUAUGUAGUAGUAUGAACACUGACUUUGUUCUCUCUUUUCCUUUCCUAUCAGGAUCCGUCAGUGACACAAGUAACACAGAAUGCUCCUCCAGGGUUGGAAGAGUACAACCCCUUCACAGAUGCCAAGCCGGUGAGAACAGCACAGUACACUGCACACUGUUAGAGGUGCUGAGGAGAGGUGGGCUGGUGGAUGUGUGAGAGCGACCAUUGAUGAGCUAGAAAUAGAAGUGCUGAUAUGGGACUGAUGGUGACUACAGAUGAUUAGUGUUCAUUAUGUUCAGCGUCAAAAGCUUCCAGGAGGAGUGGUUGAAGAUUCUGAUUCACGAAUGUCUGCUUCUCAAUUGACACCCUAUUCCCCCUUUAGUUAUAUAAUAUGACAUUUAGAAGACUCUUUUAUGCAAAGCUACUUAGUCAUGUGUGCAUACAUUUUUAAGUGGUCCUGGGAAUCGAACCCACUAUCCUGGCUUUGCAAGCACCAUGCUUUACCAACUGAGCUACAGAGGACCACUAGUACACUACCUUGUUUUGACCUGAGCUACAUGGGGUUCUUGUCAAAGUAGUGCACUACAUGGAGAAUAGGGUGUCGUUUGACACAAAACCAGUGUGUGAUGUUUGUAUUUUCUCCCAGGUCCCCCCUGGCACGGCACCCAAAGUACCGGCCCCCACCACCAACACACAACCAGCCAUCAUGAAGCCGACGGAAGAACCGCCUGCAUACUCACAGCCUCAACAGACACAGGUACCACACACACCGACCUCACAUCCUUUUCUAUCCUUUUACACCAUGCAAUUCCACCCCUCUGAAGAAAAGAGAGGAGAGCUCACUGUAGCGUUGGGUCUUCGGCUGCACCUUUUCGCUAUGGAAUGUAUUUCCAUAUAAACAGCAUGCUCGGGUGGGGUGACAGCUCCAGGCUACGAGGCAGCAGGCUCUCCCUCUGAGUGUGGCGUGUUCUAAUAACAGCUGUUUGUGACCGUGUGGAGACAGCCUAGCUCCACACCUCGCCUCCUGAGGGAGAAGUGUAACUUAGUGUUUGCAAAAAGAGAGGUGUAUUAGAGAGAGACGGAUAACACAGGAAAAAGAAAACGCCUUAUUCUAAAGUUUUAGGGAGUUUUUAUACCUCUACGGACACAUCCAUGUCCAUGGGCAUACACACUGAGAUGGUUUCAGAAUGCUGCUCCAGGAAGUUGGCAAUGAUAAGGCAUGUGACUAGUUUCCUGUCUCUUGCCCUACAAAUCAUUCCUUCCUACCUUAAAGAUGCACUGUGCAGUAAUUUAGCAUUUUGUAAAAUAAGAAGCAGAGCGUUAAUUAUUCUGACUUGCAUGGAGAUAGAGUAGUUGGAGAUGACUACUGGGACUGUGCAGUGAUCUGUGCUGACACCGUAGUCUCUGCCAAACACACACACACAGAGAGACACAGAGAUACGUUACAAAAACAAAGUCAGCUCCCUCAAUGUCAAUUCCAAGUUGACUUGAAGUUAAUUGUCAGAGAUCAAAUCAGAUUUGUCAGCCAUAUGGAGCCUGAUCUAGCCUGGAUAACAUCUACAACAUCUCUGUGUACUGUAUAGUGUCAGUGCGCCCUGUUUGACUAUGUGUGUGUGUGUAGGAGCAGGUGCGGGCUGCAGCAGAGCUGCUGAGGAGACAGGAGGAGCUGGAGAGGAAGGCAGCAGAGCUAGACCGCCGGGAGAGAGAGAUGCAGUCGCUCAACGCAUCAGGAGGUUGGCACCAACCUUCCUACAACAUUCAAUGUUUCCACAUUAAAACAACGUUAAGCUUUGUCAGACCCAAAAGUUCAUACAACAUCUUAGCAGAAUCAUUCAAGCAUGUUUCUCCUCUCUCUCCUCUGUCUCAGGUAGGAAAAACAACUGGCCUCCCCUCCCAGAGAAGUUCCCUGUGGGUCCCUGUUUCUACCAUGACAUCACAGUGGACAUCCCUGUAGAUUUCCAGAAGACUGUCAAGAUCAUGUACUACAUCUGGAUGUGUGAGUGACUGUAUCUAUGUUCCCUAUACCUCAUAACCACAUACGCCUAGCUCCAGUCUCUACCCAAGAUCAUGUACCGUAUUUUCCGCACUAUAAUAGGCCAUUCAUUGAAGGUGCGCCUUAUAAUCCGGUGCGCCCUAUAUAUGAAAACAGUUCUAAAAUAGGCCAUUCAUUGAAGGUGCGCCUUAUAAUCCGGUGCGCUUUAUAGUGCGGAAAAUACGGUACUACAUCUGGAUAAGUGUGACCUCAUAUGUUAACUGCCCUGCUCCCUUGUCCAGUCAGACUCUACUAUGGCAAAUGUACACUUUAGAAUUGUACUUUCAAUAUGCCUGAACGUUUGCCUAAGUUAUGUCGCAAGCUUUAAAAAAAAUACUAUUCUCCAAAUAUCCAACUGUCUCUUUCAAAGUCUUGCCUGACAGCCAGUCCGUUAGAGCUGAAAAGGCCAUUGAGAAGUGGUACAGAGGAACACAUGAAUGCAGCAUGUAUUAGAUAUGAGCUAAUAGCACAGUGUAGAAUUCUACUACCACAUGAUGCAGCUAGUCAUGUGGUUGGUUAUGUGACCGGGUCAGGUGACUGGGGGGAGGCUUUGAGAGUUCCAACCUGUCUAGGGCACUCCUACCUCUCUCGCUCUCCCCUCUCCUACAGUAUCUCCCUUAUUUCUCCAUCUGCAUAUCUCUCUACCUCUCUGUCUCUCCCACCCUCUCCUCUCCUUUUCCCCACACCUUUAUGUACUCUUCCCCAUCUCACCAGAGAGCAUUAUAGAAGUGUUAGAUUCCUCAGUAUGGUUCAGAAUCCUGCCACUAUAGUUAUGACUAUACCAUGCCAAUGUGACUGUACACUACAACACACCAGACUUUAUACAAUGCCCAGAGCCAUGCCAUUAUAAUAGCCCCAAGGUAGAGUUCUGCUCAUUGUGAAUUAUUUAAUUGACCGUGUGUGUACGCUGUGUGUUUGUCUUGUGUGUGUGUGUGUGUGUGUGUACACUGUGUGUGUGUUCACUGUUUAGUUUAAUAGGAUCCCCAUUAGCUACUGCACAUGCAGCAGCUACUCUUCCUGGGGUCACAAAGUACAGAUCAGUAGUAGACAAGAACAACAAGCUCACUCCGCCAACCCUGAUGUUCUAGCAGUGUCUGAAUCCUGGCUUAGGAAGGCCACCAAAUAUUCUGAAAUUUCCAUCCCCAACUACAACAUUUUCCGUCUAGAUAGAACUGCCAAAGGGGGUGGAGUUGCAAUCUACUGUAGAGAGAGCCUGCAGAGCUCUAUCAUACUAUCCAGGUCUGUGCCCAAACAGUUUGAGCUUCUACUUCUAAAAAUCCACCUGUCCAGAAAUAAGUCUCUCACUGUUGCCGCUUGCUACAGACCCCCCUCAGCCCCCAGCUGUGCCCUGGACACCAUAUGUGAAUUGAUUGCCCCCCAUUUAUCCUCAGAGUUUGUACUGCUUGGUGACCUAAAUUGGGAUAUGCUUAACACCCCGGCCAUCCUACAAUCCAAACUAGAUGCCCUCAAUCUCACACAAAUUAUCAACGAACCUACCAGGUACAACCCUAAAUCCGUAAACAUGGGCACCCUCAUAGAUAUCAUCCUGACUAACUUACCCUCUAAAUACACCUCCGCUGUCUUCAACCAGGAUCUCAGCGAUCACUGCCUCAUUGCCUGCGUCCGUAACGGGUCCGCGGUCAAACAACCACCCUUCAUCACUGUCAAACGCUCCCUAAAACACUUUAGCGAGCAGGCCUUCCUAAUUGACCUGGCCCAGGUAUCCUGGAUGGAUAUCGAUCUCAUUCCGUCAGUAGAGGAUGCCUGGUUGUUCUUUAAAAGUAAUUUCCUCUCAAUCUUAAAUAAACAAGAUUAUAUAAAAAAAAAAUACAGAACUAAGAACAUAUAUAGCCCCUGGUUCUCCUCAGACUUGACUGCCCUUGACCAGCACAGAAACAUCCUGUGGUGUACUGCAUUAGCAUCGAAUAGCCCCCGCGAUAUGCAACUUUUCAGGGAAUUUAGGAACCAAUAUACACAAGCAGUUAGGAAAGCAAAGGCUAGCUUUUUCAAACAGAAAUUUGCAUCCUGUAGCACUAACUCCAAAAAGUUUUGGGACACUGUAAAGUCCAUGGAGAAUAAGAGCACCUCCUCCCAGCUGCCCACUGCACUGAGGCUAGGAAACACUAUCACCACCGAUAAAUCUACAAUAAUCGAGAAUUUCAACAAGCAUUUUGCUACAGCUGGCCAUGCUUUCCACCUGGCUACCACUACCCCGGCCACCAGCUCUGCACCCUCCGCUGCAACUUGCCCAUGCCCCCCCCCCCCCCCCCCCCCCCCGCUUCUCCUUCACACAAAUUCAGACAGCUGAUGUUCUGAAAGAGCUGCAAAAUCUGGACCCCUACAAAUCAUCUGGGCUAGACAAUCUGGACCCUUUCUUUCUAAAACUAGCCGCCGAAAUUGUCGCAACCCCUAUUACUAGCCUGUUCAACUUCUCUUUCGUAACGUCUGAGAUCCCCAGAGAUUGGAAAGCUGCUGCGGUCGGGGGUGACACUCUAGAUCCAAACUGUUACAGACCUAUAUCCAUCCUGUCCUGCCUUUCGAAAGUAUUUGAAAGCCAAGUUAACAAACAGAUCACCGACCAUUUCGAAUCCCACCGUACCUUCUCCGCUAUGCAAUCCGGUUUCCGAGCUGGUCAUGGGUGCACCUCAGCCACGCUCAAGGUCCUAAACGAUAUUAUAACCGCGAUCGAUAAUAGACAGUACUGUGCAGCCGUCUUCAUCGACCAGGCCAAGGCUUUCGACUCUGUCAACCACCGCAUUCUUAUUGGCAGACUAAAUAGCCUUGGUUUCUCAAAUGACUGCCUCGCCUGGUUCACCAACUACUUCUCAGAUAGAGUUCAGUGUGUCAAAUCGGAGGGCCUGUUGUCUGGACCUAUGGCAGUCUCUAUGGGGGUGCCACAGGGUUCAAUUCUUGGGCCGACUCUUUUUUCUGUGUAUAUCAAUGAUGUCACUCUUGCUGCUGGUGUCUCUCAGAUCCACCUCUACGCAGACGACACCAUUUUGUAUACAUCUGGCCCUUCAUUGGACACUGUGUUAACAAACCUCCAAACGAGCUUCAAUGCCAUACAACACUCCUUCCGUAGCCUCCAACUGCUCUUAAACACUAGUAAAACUAAAUGCAUGCUCUUCAAUCGAACGCUGCUUGCACCCGCCCACCCGACUAGAAUCACUACUCUCGACGGGUCUGACCUAGAGUAUGUGGACAACUACAAAUACCUAGGUGUCUGGUUAGACUGUAAACUCUCCUUCUAGACUCACAUUAAGCAUCUCCAAUCCAAAGUUAAAUCUAGAAUCGGCUUCCUAUUUCGCAACAAAGCCUCCUUCACUCAUGCUGCCAAACAUGCCCUCGUAAAACGGACUAUACUACCGAUCCUUGACUUCGGCGAUGUCAUUUACAAAAUAGCCUCCAACACUCUACUCAGCAUAUUGGAUGUAGUCUAUCACAGUGCCAUCCGUUUUGUCACCAAAGCCCCAUAUACUACCCACCACUGUGACCUGUACGCUCUUGUUGGCUGGUCCUCACUACAGAUUCGUCGCCAAACCCACUGGCUCCAGGCCAUCUAUAAAUCACUGCUAGGCAAAUCCCUGCCUUAUAUUAGCUCAUUGGUCACCAUAGCAACACCCACCCGUAGUCUGCGCUCCAGCAGGUAUAUCUCACUGGUCAUCCCCAAAGCCAACACCUCCUUUGGCCGCCAUUCCUUCCAGUUCUCUGCUGCCAAUGACUGGAACGAAUUGCAAAAAUCUCUGAAGACUCUUAUCUCCCUCACUAACUUUAAGCAUCAGUUGUCAGAGCACCUUACCGAUCACUGCACCUGUACACAGCCCAUCUGAAAUUAGCCCACUCAACUACCUCAUCCCCAUAUUGUUAUUUAUUUUUGCUAAUUUGCACCCCAGUAUCUCUAUUUGCACAUCAUCUCUUGCACAUCUAUCAUUCCAGUGUUAAUAUUAAUUGUAAUUAUUUUGCACUAUGACCUAUUUAUUGCCUUACCUCCAUAACUUACUACAUUCGCACACACUGUAUAUAUAUUUUCUGUUGUAUUUUUGACUUUAUCUUUUGUUUUACCCCAUAUGUAACUCUGUUGUUUUUAUCGCACUGCUUUGCGUUAUCUUGGCCAGGUCGCAGUUGUAAAUGAGAACUUGUUCUCAACUGGCUUACCUGGUUAAAUAAAGGUGAAAUAAAAAUAAAAUAUUACAUUAAAUUUAAAAAAACAAGUUGUAUAUAGGAAAGACACCAAGAGACAACAAAAAUACUAUUUACACACUAUUCAUAUUCUUAUAUACACUACAGUUAAAUUAGAUCUUUAGAAAGAGGAGAGGUGCUGUGAUACAAUAUUUUUUAAAGCUAAACUUGCUUUUUGCCUGAGUAACCUCUGGUGGCAGUGCAUUCCACGAUGACAAGGCUCUAUACAUACACUACCGUUCAAAAGUUUGGGGUCACUUAGAAAUGUCCUUGUUUUCGAAAGAAAAGCAAUUUUUUGGUCCAUUUAAAAUAACAUCAAAUUGAUCAGAAAUACAGUGUAGACAUUGUUAAUGUUGUAAAUGGCUAUUGUAGCUGGAAACGGCAUAUUUUUUAUGGAAUAUCUACAUAGGCGUACAGAGGCCCAUUAUCAGCAACCAUCAGUCCUGUGUUCCAAUGGCACGUUGUGUUUGCUAAUCCAAGUUUAUCAUUUUAAAAGGCUAAUUGAUCAUUAGAAAACCCUUUUGCAAUUAUGUUAGCACAGCUGAAAACUGUUGUGCUGAUUAAAGAAGCAAUAAAAGUGGCCUUCUUGAGACUAGUUGAGUAUCUGGAGCAUCAGCAAUUGUGGGUUCGAUUACAGGCUCAGAAUGGCCAGAAACAAAUAACUUUCUUCUGAAACUCGUCAGUCUAUUCUUGUUCUGAGAAAUGAAGGAAAUGUAUUUCAAAUUUCUUGGCAAGAAAUUGCCAAGAAACUGAAGAUCUCGUACAACGCUGUGUACUACUCCCUUCACAGAACAGCGCAAACUGGCUCUAACCAGAAUAGAAAGAGGAGUGGGAGGCCCCGGUGCACAACUGAGCAAGAGGACAAAUACAUUAGUGUCUAGUUUGAGAAACAGACGCCUCACAGGUCCUCAACUGGCAGCUUCAUUAAAUAGUACCCGCAAAACACCAGUCUUUUGAAUCUUUUCUUUUUAUUGGCCAGUCUGCCUAGAAGGUCAGCAUCUCGGAGUCACCUCUUCACUGUUGAUGUUGAGGCCUCCCACUCCUCUUUCUAUUCUGGUUAGAGACAGUUUCAGAUAGAAAUGUAAUGUUUAGAGUUGAUCUCUACACCUUUAUUCUACACAACAAAGAUUUAUAUCAGCUCUGUACGUUACAUUUCUAUCUGCAACGUAUUUAAUGUUAACUAACCAAUGGUAUGGUGUUUAUGGUUCUGCUCCAGUCCACACGGGGACACUGUUUGCCAACAUGUUUGGCUGUCUGGCCUGGUUCUGUGUGGAUGCGUCCAGGGGAGUGGACUUCGGCCUGUCCAUGCUCUGGUUCAUGAUCUUCACUCCCUGCUCCUUCGUCUGCUGGUACAGACCCCUCUACGGAGCCUUCAGGUGGCUACACACAAACACACAAACAAACAAACAAACAAACAAACAAACAUGUCUUUCAGUCAACAUUAAACAGCAAACUUUCUCCCCCUCUCCCUUUCUCUCUCUCCAGGAGUGACAGCUCAUUCCGUUUCUUCGUCUUCUUCUUCGUCUACAUCUGUCAGUUUGGUGUUCACGUGAUGCAGUCCAUUGGCAUCUCCGGCUGGGGUGCCAGGUGAGGACAGGAAGCUGUCACAGAUAUUAACAGGAAGUGACACAGUCACACUGUUCUCUGAGAAUAGACCCAGGGCAUCGUUCAAGAGGGUGCAACGUACUGAACUUUGAUUGCACAUAGAAAUACAAUCAAUAAAGGUUACAUGUAAUUCACCCUUUAAUCUUGUCUAUAGUUGUCCUUUUCUCCUGCAGUGAGUGACACGGCCACACUGUUCUCUGACAUCACUUGGAAAAGAUUCAGUACAUGUUAUUCACCCUGAUAUUGAUUGAGAUUCAGUACAUGUUAUUCACCCUGAUAUUGAUUGAGAUUCAGUACAUGUUAUUCACCCUGAUAUUGAUAGAUUCAGUACAUGUUAUUCACCCUGAUAUUGAUAGAGAUUCAGUACAUGUUAUUCACCCUGAUAUUGAUAGAUUCAGUACGUUAUUCACCCUGAUAUUGAUAGAUUCAGUACAUGUUAUUCACCCUGAUAUUGAUAGAUUCAGUACGUUAUUCACCCUGAUAUUGAUAGAUUCAGUACAUGUUAUUCAACCUGAUAUUGAUAGUUUCAGUACGUUAUUCAACCUGAUAUUGAUAGAGAUUCAGUACAUGUUAUUCACCCUGAUAUUGAUAGAGAUUCAGUACAUGUUAUUCACCCUGAUAUUGAUAGAGAUUCAGUACAUGAUAUUGAUAGAGAUUCAGUACAUGUUAUUCACCCUGAUAUUGAUAGAGAUUCAGUACAUGUUAUUCACCCUGAUAUUGAUAGAGAUUCAGUACAUGUUAUUCACCCUGAUAUUGAUAGAGAUUCAGUACAUGAUAUUGAUAGAGAUUCAGUACAUGUUAUUCACCCUGCUAUUGAUAGAGAUUCAGUACAUGUAAUUCACCCUGAUAUUGAUAGAGAUUCAGUACAUCAAAUCCUGUCUCUGGUUGUCCUUCUCUCCUCUAGUGGGUGGAUCUCAGCUCUGACUGGUCUGAAUAAGAGCAUCCCUGUUGGCAUCAUCAUGAUCCUCAUCGCUGCUCUCUUCACUGCCCUUGCUACCAUGUCCCUCAUCAUGUUCAAAAAGGUACCACACACACACAAUUUCUCAUCAUAUUCAUAAAGGUAUGAAUGAGACUCAGCCUUUCACCAUGUUAGAGACGAUGAGACUAUGGAACCAGAACACCCACACAGUCUCUGAGAUGAUGAACACAGGGUAUUUAUAGACGUGCUCAAGUAGAUAAUUACCUCCGCUCUUCUCACUGCUCUCCCUCUCCUUUCUUCCUCCCUUCCUCUCUUCCUCUCCCCCCUCCCUCCCUACUCCCCCCCCCUUCCUCCCUACUCUACCCCCCCCUUCCUCCCUACUCUACCCCCUUCCUCCCUACUCUACCCCCUUCCUCCCUACUCUACCCCCUUCCUCCCUACUCUACCCCCACCCCCCCUCAUUUCUUCAGGUACAUGGUAUGUACCGCACCACUGGGGCCAGCUUUGAGAAGGCCCAGGCAGAGUUCGCCACGGGCGUCAUGGCCAACAAGACGGUCCAGACAGCCGCCGCUACCGCAGCCUCCAACGCCGCCAGCGGAGCAUUCAAGCAACAGAUUUGAUUGGUCCGAAGAGCCACCUAGAGCCCGCCCUCUUUCUUCUCUCCGUCCAAUCCAAGCUCCAGAGCGAACUGGAGUUUCCCUGCCCUCCUAACCUAGCUCUACUGACAUGACUAGCAUGACACCUAGAAGGAUGAGACCAAUGAUGUCAUAGUAGAUGAAAACAGGAAGUAGACAUGAGAGGCUUGUUUGAAUCGUUUCAUUCAGUUCCAUUUGUCUCCCAGUGCAGAUGUACUUCCUGUAGAAUCUUUGAGGUUUAUGACAUCACCUUCUGAUCCCUCUCCGUCUCAUUCUGCUCACAUGGCGACACCCAGCUUCCACCAAGCCCCGCCUCUCACCUGCCCUGAGGGCUGUAACUCCGCCCACCCCAGUGACUUUAUUAAUGCACUCCUGUCCUGUCUCUUACCCUACAACCCUUAGUCAUGUCACAAAGUGUUUGCAAACUUUCCUUUGAGUGUGUAGCUGUGUGUAUGGGUGUGCAGCUGUCUGUGUAUGCGUGCGUAUAUGGAUAUUAGUCUCUCCAUAUGUUGAUGCUGAGGCCUAUACAUUGUGUGAGUACCAGCUAUAGAUUAUAUUCUUUCUCUCACUCCCUCUAAAGCAUUGUACCAAGUCAAUUCACUGCACCAAGACUAUUUUAGCUGUAGCUAUCCAUUCACUUCUACAACUAAAUUAUUAACUGGAUUUAGCCAAGUACUGUUAAAAUGUAACACUUGUUUACUUCUUUUGAAACCUGAGCCGGUCAGGCCGAGAUGGGCACUAGUCAGUGAGUCUGUCCUCUGGUGGUGAGACCGGCUAGUGUUGAUGAUGAAUGCUGUGCAUUCCACAAUGUUGUGUUUAAUACCUCGGAAUGAUCACAUCUAAAUGGUUUAAUCUCAAGAAGUGAGUGAAAACUGAUCAGAACUCAAUCAGGAAGGGUACUAUUAUAUCUGUACAGUUCAUACACUAGGACACUCACGUGAGAUGUUAUUGUUCAGUUAACAUUAUGAUUAAAAGAGAGCAGUUUGCUCUGACACCUGUGGUCGAGUCUAUCUUCCAAACUUAACAGGUACGCUUCUCAGCAAUCAGGAUUCUGUCUUUGCUGUCUUGGUUAUACUUUUCAUAACCGUGUCUUCUCUUUCUCACAGCCUUGUAGUCUUGCCUUUGAUAACAUUUGAUCAAAAUACCUUUUAAUAUAAACAAAGAACCAGAUGACAUGAACCUAAAUGUCAUAGCCUCUAUCCUUGUCCCUUGCUUUAGUGGUAAAGUUGCGCUUCAUGUAGACACUCCUUCACACAGACACAUCCACCCAAUAGCUGUAUUUUAGGCCUUCAGACCUGCACAGACACAUGUAUGCUAGCUAAGCUAGAUGCUAACAACUUGACUCCAGUGAGAGAGAGAGCUAGCUAGUCUCCAGCCUUGGUUUUCUAGUGGAGACAUACCUCAGUUAGUUAGUACUAUUCAGGAUAAUAUCAAGAUGUAAUGUACUCUUUAUGUGCAUGACAAAGCUUGCAGAUCAACUGGACACUACUCUGGUCUAGGCAUCUGUGUGUAUAGAAGUCUAUGGUUACACUCCAGUGAGUGAGUGAACUGAUGAAAAAGGAGUAUUCUGUCUGUUUGAAGUUGAUGCUGUGCAUUAAAGUGAAUCAGUCCAGUAGUCCCUCUUUCUCCAAACACUCCUUCAGAACAGGAGAUAUCAUUGGUUAUAUCCCAGUUAUAUCAUUGGUCUGUGCUGUAUGGCUGUGUAGACGCUGAUAGCCUGAGUAUUAAUUAUAUUAUCUUCAUCGCAUGAUUGAGUGAAAGGAGAGAUCCCCCAGUGUUUUAUGUCUUCAUGUUUAUUGGUUUGUUUGUCUGUUCUGUGUCUUCCUCUGUUGGAUUUGAUUCAUCAUGUUAGAUAGAAAGUACUGAAUAAGUUCUGAUUCCAUUCAAUUUAACAUGUCUUGUUUUGAGUGUUUAUAACUGUGAACCUACCUGUGACUUUCAGCCUUUGAGUGUGACAUGAAGAGGGGUUGGGGAUGUUAGAGGGGUGCACAUGUGUGCCGUAAUAUCAUUGAUGUGUGUGUUGCGGGGUGUGUCAGUCAAAGUGAAGUCUUAACAAGUAUAGCUGGUUGUUCAGUUGAACACUAAUGUGGGCAGAGGCAGAGACAGGCUGACAACUUCAUGUUUUUCCUCCUUUUUAUACUUUCCUGCUUUCCUUAGUCUAAUAGUCAUUCAUCUCUCUUUUUGUGGUCUUGAGUAUGAGUGUAUGCCUGUGAAUAUGUGUGUGCGCUGAGCUACUUUAAGUUAUUCUACAUAUUUUGAAAAUCUGAACGAAUGGCACCUGAAUGUUCCUGUUAAAUAUUUGUUGGCUUGGAAACAAAAAAUGCAUGAACUGGGAAAUGUGAGGAAGUCAGUAGGUGAAACUAAGCAAUGUUAGUGUUUUGAGAUUAACUGUGGCUUUAACUUGUGCUUUUUAAUCAAUGUAUCAAGUAUAUAGUAUAAAAACACAGAAUUAUUAUGAAAUUUGUCUUGCUCAUCUCUGACAAUGGAAUCAAUUGAAGUUAUUUAAAAAAUAAAGCAGACUUUAAGGGAUGUUUGUUGAUUUUGUCAAAUUUGACAACUGGUCGGCUGGUAUCCUGAAUUUCAUUGUACUGUACAUAAACUCUCUUCUCUCCUUUAAGUCGCAUGUUGAGUAGUUUGUUUUGUAUAUUUAUUGUAUUAACACAGAAUAAAAUUCAGAAGUCAACUAC